CAUCCCAACACUUAACACACGCGAUAAGGUUCUUCAAGCUGAUGGCGCGUCGCUCCUGGCUCUGCUUGCUGCAAAAUUUGUCAAUAUAACAAAACACGAGCAAUCCCAAACACGUGCGAUACAUAUUCGUCGACUUCGGCACCACACCUCAAACUGGGCAUCCUUUCUGGUUCAGGUCUCACUGCGGCGGCCUGCCAGAGCUAGCUUGCUCUGGUAGUCUCCAUGCAUAUUCGCAACGCUGGCGAGUCCUUCCCGAGGCCACUUCCUCGACUACACCGUGACAGGCGAUUCCGGGGAAGAACAUCACGUCCCGACGUCAAACGUCGAACAUCACCCACAACAUGUUCUCCAUCAUCCUUAUGGAGGCAUGCCGUCCGCCUACUACCACCUGCAGCCCCAUCCGUCUCACACCCUUCAACAUGCUUCCACCACCCAUCCAACCUACUCGGAUAUCGAGACACAUCCACCACUACAUCAGUCGCAUGCGCAGCUCCUACGCCAUCAUUCCAUGUCGCAACCAUCACCCUCCUCGUACGACAUGGGCUACCCGCAGCCUUCCCAGCCAUCAGUCGCUGCCGGUCGCAAGCGCAGUCGUCCCGAGGAGCACCUUCAGCAACUAGAUCUUCCAAAUCCUCUGGCGCAGCAACAAGAGCCUUACGGCCAACCUACAGGACCAUCGAUACAAGUUGGACCGUCCUCCCAAAGUUAUCCCCUUCAACCUUAUCCGCAGCCUUCAACCCCGCAGCAUCCCCUCCCCCACCAUCAUCACCAUCAUUUCCCCGAUCAUCGCCCCUCCAAACGGCUGCAGAUGGAAGGUCAGACUUCGCCGGGACCUUCUCAUGGUCCGCCUAACGUCGUGGGCCACGACGGCAUGCCAGCGCCAGCGCCCCGCCCCCGCGGUCCCAAGCUCAAGUUCACGCCCGAGGACGACCAAUUGCUCGUCGACCUCAAAGAGAAGAAGAACUUGGCUUGGAAGCAAAUCGCAGACUUCUUCCCGGGUCGCAGUUCUGGUACCUUGCAAGUUCGGUAUUGCACGAAGCUCAAAGCAAAGACAACAGUCUGGACAGACGAAAUGGUCCAAAAGCUUCGCAAUUCGAUGCAAGAAUACGAGAACGAUCGCUGGCGCAUAAUUGCCUCAAAAGUCGGGAGCGGCUUCUCCCCGGGUGCUUGCAGGGAGAAGGCUGAGGAAAUCGCAGCAGUGGAAGCUGAGGAAGAGGAGGACGAGCAGAGCGGGUAUGCUCAAUCGCAAGUCGUCGGCGCGCCCGGCUCCAGCGAUCAAGGGCCCUCUUUCCCGUCCAGCGAUCCGAAUCCGAAUCAGUCCUACCAAUGA